AUGACCUUUCAAGCGACCCAAUGGUUGCAUUCGCUGGUUGGCUCAUCAGAAACAACAUGGACACUUCCUUUACUUUCUUUCCUGAUACCGCUACUGGUGCGAUGGGCCGUUGCUUUGAAUCCUUACUCAGGCUACAACACGCCACCAAUGUAUGGCGAUUACGAAGCGCAGCGUCAUUGGAUGGAGAUUACGCAGUAUCUUGACUUUUCUCAAUGGUACAAAUAUGACCUUGACUGGUGGGGCCUCGAUUAUCCACCCUUGACCGCGUAUCACAGCUGGCUCUGUGGUGUCAUUGGAACAAUGAUCAAUCCCGAAUGGUUCUUACUCGAUGCAUCUCGUGGAUAUGAGUCUCCUGAAAGCAAGUUCUUCAUGCGUACCACCGUCAUCGUCUCCGAAGCAUUGAUCUACACAUCGGCCCUUUGGUAUUUUUGUCGAAUGGUCUAUCCAACAAAAAAGUAUACGAUGCAUUUGCUUAUCAUGAUGCAACCUGCACUUAUCCUGAUUGAUCAUGGUCAUUUUCAGUACAACAGUGUUAUGUUGGGAUUGAGCUUAUGGGCCAUCAAUGGUUUCUUAUCCGGUCAUUACGUUCUCGGUUCAAUCGCAUUUUGCUUGUCGCUGGCAUUCAAACAAAUGGCUCUCUACUAUGCUGUGGCUAUUUUCGCUUUCCUUCUCAGCAAAUGUAUCAAGGCACCUACCACCAUCCAAGGCUUUGGUCUUCUCGUUAAGCUUGGGUUGGCGGUUAUCAUCAGCUUUGCUCUCCUCUUUUUGCCAUGGAUUGGGUCUUUGGAUCAAAUGCAGCAGGUCAUCCAUCGUAUCUUUCCAGUAGCGCGUGGGCUUUAUGAAGACAAGGUCGCCAAUGUUUGGUGUGCGCUCAAUGUCGUGGUCAAGUUACGUAACCUGAUGUCCUUGCAAUCCACUGUACGCCUCAGCCUGUGUGCCACUUUGGUCGCUAUUAUCCCCAUCAAUGUUCAUCUUGGCCUUUCACCUACGCCUGCAAGAUUUGGAUAUGCACUUGUCAAUACUUCACUCGCAUUCUUUUUGCUUUCGUUCCAAGUACAUGAAAAGUCGAUCCUGAUCCCACUCCUUCCCGUAUCGCUGAUGCUAAAUGAAGAACCACAAGCCGUGCAAUUGUUCAUGAAUGUGGCAAUGUUCAGCAUGUUCCCGCUUUUGAAACGAGAAGGAUUGAUGAUCCCUUACUUUUGCGUUACUCUUUUAUGGAAUUGCAUGACGGGUUUAUCAACAUCACUCAAUCGACAUUUGAAUAUGGUUGUUUAUGCAACAUUGAUCGCUUGGCAUUUUAUGGAGGCCUAUAUCACUCCACCAGAACGACUACCGGAUUUGUUCGCCGUUUUGAACGCCAUCAUCAGCUGUGGAUACUUUGUAUUGCUGUGGCUAUUCUUUUUAUACCGCCAAUUCGUUCAAGGAGAACCUGUCUUUGGUCAGCCUUUGCAGAAAAAGAAAGCAGAAUGA